UUGUGUCAGGGUCAUUUCAGUCCAGCUAACAGCCCUGUCAGAGUUAGGUCAUUGUCUUUACCUGAGAGGAACAGCACCAGCAUGGCGGCCCGCCUUCUUCUCCGAACCUGUUCGUUGAGAGCCCUGCAGCUGAGGGGGACCAAUGCGGGGAAACCGCUGCAGCGAGCCGUGGCCUCAGCGGGAGGAAUACCAACAGAUGAAGAGCAAGCCACUGGACUGGAGCGGCGCACCCUGCAGGCCCUCAAACAAGGAAAAGAUCCUUACAGCAUCCUGAAGCCCAAACAGUACACUGGCACCAAGGCAGACCCUCACAUUGUUCCGGGCAUUGGAAACAAGAGGCUGGUUGGCUGUCUUUGUGAGGAAGACAACACUGCUAUCGUGUGGUUCUGGCUUCAUGAGGGAGAUCCCCAGCGGUGUCCUUCAUGUGGGUCUCACUACAAGUUCGUCCAUCACGAACUGCCCCAUUAAAAAAGGCCAAACGCUCUGUGCCAAAAUAUCAGGACAGCAAUGUUCUGCUUCAGUGGAAUGUGUGCUCAUCAUUUAACAUGUACAGUUUAUCAUUAAAUGUGUAACAAAAAGAA